AUGAAAGCCCAAAUGAAUAAUUCAUUUGCAGAUGCAUUAGGCUGUAGCACAGAUGCAACUGAAGAGGAAGAAGAUUACUUAGUUUAUGAUGGAGAUGUAGGAAUAGGCUGUAAAUACAACAAUAACUCAGAGAAUUUGAAUGCCUGUAGUUGUACAAAAGAUAUUUCUGGUAUUUUAAACUUAGCCUGUUCUGAAGAUAACAAAAACAAAAAAGCAGCAGCCAAUUAUGAAACUCCUCUACAGCCUGAAGAAUUCUCCAGUCAUCAGAGAGGCACCAGAGGAACAACUGCAGUUCCAAUUGAAAUGCCUGGAAGCGAAGCUUCCUUUCAGCAGGAAUUACCUGUUGGCAGUGCCAGUAAAGCAGGCAGCAGAGAACAUGGAACUACCUCCAAGAUGUCCACGGUCCUCCUGCGCCAUUUUGCCAGGGGAGAAUUGCUAAGCACAUGCCCCUUAAUUGAAUGUGAGACAAUACCGGAGGUGUCCUUUACUGAAAGUAUCGAUGACACCGGGAGCAAACCUGAGCCUUCAGAGCACAGCAGAGGCUCUUUAGUGUAUGAACAAUGGGCAGCCAGCUCCGAGGAGUAUCCCUUAGAAAAGCACAAAGAAGUACAGGCUCAUGACAAAAAUGGAAACUCAUUAAAUGGAAAUAGAUCUGUUUUGAAGAAAUCUGUUUUUUCUUCUGGUCAAUGUGGGUGCAGACAAGAAUUUUCACCAGUGAUUAAUGAGGCUGGAGAUACACACACCUUUCAAAACAUGAAAGAUGAGAGAGGCCUGUUUAAGAGAACAGUUUCACCUUGUGAGCUCAAAUAUGGCCAAGGGCAAGCUCACUAUUGCCUUCCUGACUUCUCUGAAGUUGCUUCAGAAGUUCAAGUACCAAAAAAACUUGACAAUAUUACCUCCAUUCCUUCAACUGCAAGAGAAAAACCCUUUCCUAUUUUGCAAAGUAAAUCAGUACCUGUGAACAACAUUUUGGAAAAUGAGAAUUACUUCAAUUCUGCUGAAGUAGAGAACCAAGAAGAAAAGAGUAUUUCAGAACUGCUGCAACAGCUACAGAUACUUCCUCAGUCAGACUUUGCAAAUGCCAACAUUGCCAUUUCCUCAGGACACACUGGGACACCACCUGAUGUCAUCACAUUACGUGCUCCUGUCCCUGUACAACCUACACAUGGUUUGCUUAAAGCAAGACUGCAGCCUGGAACAGCAGCAUCAGCACUACCAGCAGCUGGGAGAGUAAAAGCACAGUGUCUGAAUCCUUCUGAUUCACUGCCAGAACUAACACUAGGAGAAAAGAUGUCUCAAAUCCUAAAGGAUCAGACAGAGCAACUGACUAAGAAAGUGGAAGACUUCUCUAAACAUAUGAUCCAGGAAACACUCUUUUUACAAGACAAAUAUCUGGCAUUAAAUCAACUGAAAACAUACCUUGAUGCCUUGGAAAGAAAUUAUUUAAAAGCUAGAGAAGAGCACCACAACUUACACCUGCAGAACUACAAGGACAAGCCUAUCAACCUUGGAGAGUUUGAUCCUGAGAGAAGGGUGGAAGGAGGAAUAUUCAGACUUGGCAUGCUGCUUGAAGACAUUCAGGAACAAAUGGAAGGCAGCAAAGGCAGCCUGUCAUCGUUACUGACUUCCUAUGAAUCUGCCCAGUCUUUCUGUGAGAGCCUCACAGUUUCAAGCACUGCUGAUCUCCCACAAACAAGAGGUACUGAAACUCCAACUUUUCACAAGAAGCAUGAAGGAGAAAGAAGUCAGACAACUGAUGUAAUCCCACCAGCAAAUCAACUUUCUUUAGAAGGCAAAAAGUGCAAUCUUUGUCUGCACAUAAAUACAAAUAUCCAGGAAGAAAAAACUGGGACGUGUCCACUCUUCAUGCAGAGAAAACCAACUGAUUUAUCAGAUACCAACCUGAGCAGUGAUUCAGAAGACUUCUCAGCCUGUGAUUCUUAUAAUGACUCACAAAGCAAGGACCUUGGCAACUGUGACACUCUAAGUUACAAAUCAUUAAAUGUGAGAUUUUGUGGAGAGAAACAAGGACUUAGAUGCAGAUGCCCCAGGGGAAGCAGAGAUCAAGUAAAACUCAGGAAUUAUAAAGAGUCUGUUCAGUCUUGUACCCUGUGUAGAAGAAGCUCUGGUUCAUCCUCUUAUUCACAGAAGAGAAUCUCCACUCAAAAGGCUCAAAAACCCAGUCAGCCAGAUGAAGUUGUAACCAGACUUCAUGAAAGGAAAUCCUUUGUGGCUGCCAAAACCUGCUGCUCAAGCAUAUAUGAUAAAAUUGUCCUUUCACAGCAAUACACACCCAGUAAGAAAUCUGUCCAAAGAAAAUCUGCAAUCAACAUCAGAGACAGAAAUGCCAGUGAUUCCUAUGCAAAUGUUUUAAGUUCUACUCUGGAUCAUGCCAUAGAGACAGCAAACAGUUUGAAGGAAGCUACAGAGCGAAUGGUACAAGCAGUUUCAGAAGAUCUAGCUAAAGUUAAGAGAAAACAGUUUUAAUUAUCUAGUUCAAAUGCAAUAUUGUUCUGCUGGUUCAUACUGGAAGCAUUAGUAUCUCUGCAAAAAUCAAAUUAACACAAACAUGAAAAAGUCAGCUAGCUUAGUUAGCUGUUCUGUACCUAUUGGUACUAAACCAAACCAGAGCACAAAGGUAUUCCAUGUUUACACUCAGUCUUACAACUGUAAAACAAAUUAUUAAUUCUACUGAAUUAGGCUGGCUAAUCCAUUACUGUGUACAGAUACCUUCUGUAAGUACUCACUUAAGACAGCUUCAUAAAAAUUGGCAUAAACAAGCAAUAUUAACUGACUUGGAU